AAAUAUAGUAUGAACUCCCAGUUUCCAAGACUUAAGGGUAGAGCAGAUAACAAAAGAAUGCCAGUUAUAAAAAGAAAUGGAAUCAGUCCUAUUUUUGACAGAUCUCUUAAUGACUCCAAAGGAAGACCUAACUCGAUCAAGCGUGAACAAUUUUCUCCUUUUGCUUCUUCUCCUAUUCAGCUUAACCGCACUUUGGGUGCGGCUGAGGGCCAAGAGUUUCGUGAAAAGUAUGGAAAUUACAUUCAAAAAUUUGGUGGAUUAUACAACCCUGGGUUCUCUUAUAACAAUUUGUUCAAUGAAAAUUCAAACCAGGGCUGGAACAAGUUCCUUGGUAUUAUCAAGCAUACUCCCAUCAGAGAGAACACAAUGAGUGUGGUAAAGAAUAUGAAAGCAAAGAAGAAGAUCCUAGAUAGCGUCAAGAGCAAUAAGAACAAAAAGUUGCUGCUUGAGAAUGAGAACAUUCUUAAAUGAUACGCCUUUGAAACUUUCUUUAAAGACAAGAAAAAUGAAAUGAAUAAAAAGACUAAGAAGGAUAAUUUUGAUGUCGGUUCAAAUAAGCCUAGAAGAGGAAGCUCUGCCAAGAGACCUAGUAGAAAGGAUACCGAUAAGAUGAUAGUCAGCCUACUUGGAGACACUCACUUUUUAAACGAAGUUAAACAAAGCACUAAAUAAAUUCAUUGCUGAUGAGAAUAGAGUUAAGUCAGAAGAAGCUAUAAAUACAAACAUUAUUCAGGCAACAACACCGAUUCUGAAAAAGAAAAAGUCUCCAGACAAUACUUCAUGGAAGAGAAAGAUAGUCCCUGGAGACAAGACAAUGACGAUGCAAUUCUCUAUGAGAAGCAGCAGAAGGUUAAGAGAUAUAAGAGAUUCUGUGAAAAGAUGCACCAUAUUCACAAGAGAGUCUAUCAUAAAGAAGAAUGCCAUUCCAAAAUUCAGCUUCCUUAAUAAAGGAGAUAGGACUAAUGCAUUUGACAAUAUCAUGAAGCUAAAUAACUUCUCAAAUUCGAAAAGACAAGAAGAGAGCGCAUAUAGCUUCUCAUCAGAGUCUGAGAAAGAGGUAGAGGACACAGUUGAUGAUACCGAAUUCGAUAGACAUAGAGGUUUUCUGAUCCCAUCUACAAAUCCACAUUAUUCUGUGUUCUCUAGCAAGAAUAGUUUCACAGUGCAUGAAGAUGACAUUAUUCAGGAAAAUGAUGAAAAGGAGGAGCCUGUGCUAGAUUACACCCCUAAACUAGACAAACUUGGCAAUAUAAGGAAGAAAUUCACUUUUAUCAAAUCUGGCAAUGGUAUGAGCAGUGUAGAGAAGGUUAAACAAUCUAUCAGUAAUAAGUCAGGAUUGAUGAAUUUGAAGAAGAGUUUACACAGUGCAUUAAAGAGGACAAAUCCAAAGCCUAUAGGAAGAAACCGAUUCAAGAGUAUAUCUCCCGUAACUAGCAAGAAAGAAAUGAUUCAGAAGACAAGGGAUAGGCUAAAGAGCAUGGAUCAGAAGUGUCAAACUUCUACCAAACCACACAACACUCCAAACCCAUCUGCUUUUAGAACGACCACCAGAAAGUUCAAAUUUAAUAAAAAACAUUAAUUAAAAAUUACGAUUCCCAACA